AUGCCUCAUAGCAAGCCUUGGGUUGUCAAAGUUCAGGCCCAUCCUGGGUCGACGGCUGAAGAGAUCCGGAACGAGCCGGAUUGGGUUUCUGGGCACCAGCACCGCGUUGGCUUCAGAGAUCGCAAUAACCGACUUCCUGGACUUACUCAUAAAGAUGAUGAGUACACAGAGGAAGUGGCGAGAGAGAAGCAGAAGUAUCUUGCGUUUCAGAAGCGAGCCCAGAGUGGAGAAUUGAUCAAUUUCAGAGACUUGAUUGAGAACCAAAAGGACUUUCAUCUUCGACAUCCAGAGAACCGAUCACUUGGUUGGAGAUAUGUUCUCAACGAGACUGAAGAUUGGGUCAAGAAUAAAGAGCAAUGGCCCGCAAACAUAAAGAAGCAGGAGGAAGAGAACAAGAAAAAAGAGGAAGAAGCAAAGAGUGAUAAGAAGGAUGAUACGCCCGAGCAAGAGCAUGAGUGGAAACGUUCCUCGGAUAAAGACAAGCAUCACGAUGCGUACGCAAAGAACAAAGAGAACGAGGAAAAGAAACAGGAAAAUAAAUCGAGUGAGAAGCCAAAGCUCUCAGACAAGUACACACCUGCCGAGAUAGCCCUUCUCAGAGCAUUGGAGCACGAAAAGAAGUAUAUCCAACACCUCAGAGAGAACAACGGAAAGAGAAAGUCCCCCCAGCACAAGAAUCUCACGCAGAUCUCAAUCGACGAACAGGACCAGUUCAGCCCAGACAACUGGCUUCCCCGCUCUCCGGAUCUCAUCCGUCUAACUGGAAAGCACCCUCUCAAUGCUGAGGCUCCAUUGACACAACUGUACGAGGCUGGCUUAAUCACGCCUAACGAGCUUCACUAUGUUCGAAACCACGGUCCUGUUCCGCGUAUUCUCUGGGAGUUCCACGAGUUGGAGAUCACCUACGAUGGCAAAACUCAGACACUUUCUAUGGAUGAGCUGAAAGAGUUUGAUACGAUCAAUAUCGCCGUUGCGCUUGCUUGUGAUGGAAACAGACGCAAGGAACUCAACAUGAUCAAGAAGAGCAAGGGUUUCAAUUGGGGCGCUGGAGGAGCGAGUUGCGCCUAUUGGAAAGGACCCCUUCUUCGAGAUGUACUCCUCGCGAACGGUGUUCCUGAGAAACCUCCGGGUCUGGGCGAGAGGCGAUAUUGGGUCAACUUUGAAGGCACUGAUGAUUUGAGCGAAGGAAAAUAUGCAACCUGCAUACCCUUUGAGCACGCAAUAUCUCCCAAUAACGAUGUUAUUCUAGCCUACGAGAUGAACGACGUUCCGUUGCCGCCUGAUCACGGAUAUCCCGUUCGUGUUAUCAUUCCAGGAUAUGUUGGCGGCAGGAAUGUCAAGUGGCUAAAGAAGAUCUGGAUAAGUGAGAAGGAGAAUGAUUCUUACUAUCAUAUAUGGGAUAAUCGAGUUCUUCCAUCCUUUGUCACUGAAAAAGACGGUCCUUUCGCUGAGGCUCUCUUUCAUCAUCCUGAUACAGCCUGCAAUGAGCAGAACCUCAACUCUGUCAUCGUCAAGCCAGCACAGGGCGAGAAGAUUCCCUUGCACAGAGCCAAGAAGGGAGAGGGCUAUCGCAUAGAGGGCUAUGCGUACGAUGGUGGAGGGCACGAAGUCCAGCGUGUUGAAGUCUCCCUCGACGGCGGAGCAACUUGGCUGUACUGCAUCCGCAAAUUCCCCGACUACCCAAUCCGUCACGGAAAUAAGUUCUGGAGUUGGCUACAUUGGCACGUCGACGUUGACAUUUCCCAUGUUAUCCGUGCAAAGAGUAUAAUGGUACGUUGCUUCAACGUGUUCAAAAACACGCAGCCAAGGGAGCCAAACUGGAAUGUUAUGGGUAUGAUGAACAACUGCUGGUAUACCGUACGCCCAGAGAUCACUGAGGACGAUGACUCAGAAACACCUUCGAUUCUAUUCAGACACCCUGUUGAGCCAGCCACGAAAGAUGGUGGAUGGAUGAAGCCAAGUGUUGAGAAUAAAAUUGCAGAAGCCAAGCAAGAGGCUGGUGCGCCUGAGAAGGAGUUUACCCGAGAAGAAAUUGAGAAGCAUAAUACUCAAGAUGACUGCUGGCUUGUAGUCGACGGAAAGGUCUACGAUGCAACUAGUGUGCUCGAGUGGCACCCUGGAGGCGCUGCAGCUAUUCUCGGCCAUGCUGGUAAGGUCCAUCAGGAGACAAGUGAUGAAUUUGCAAGCAUCCAUGAUGACUACGCUUACAAGAAGCUCAAAGAAUGUGCUCUUGGUGUCGUGACUGAAAAGGCCGCCAACUUUAUCAAACAAAAUGCAGAGACCGCUGCCAAAGACGCAACCACUGCGAGUAACAAGGACGAGCAUCUAGCGCUGCAAAAGCACAGAUGGAUUCCAGUCAAACUCAUUGAACGCAAAAAUCUUUCUCAGGACACAAGGGCCUAUACCUUCCAGCUCCCUGAAGGUAAAAACAUCCUCGGCCUUGGUACAUGCCAGCAUGUUCAGAUUGGCUUCCAUAUGUUGGAUAGGAUGCUCAUCCGCUCCUACACACCCACGAAGCCACUCCUCCCGGCCCCAGGUGACAAUAUGACCAAUGGAAGUGCCAAGUCUCUUCGAGAUGGGGACGGCUCUUUUGAGCUCACGGUCAAGACUUACUUCCCCGAUGAAAAUCAACCAGGCGGCGCACUCUCCAACAUCCUGGACUGUGUCCCCAUAGGCGAAGAAGUCGAGCUUCGCGGCCCAACUGGAGAAAUAGCCUACAACGGUCACGGAAACUUCGCUAUCGAGGGUAAAGAUCGUCACUUCGAUCGUGUAUCCCUCGUGCUUGGUGGUUCAGGCAUAACACCAGGCUACUCCCUUCUCGCCCGUGUCCUCCUCUCCAACAAUGAUAAGACGGAAAUCCGAGUCGUGGACGCUAAUAAGACAGAGGCUGAUAUCUUGCUGAAAGAGGAGCUUGAGGAAUUUGAGAAGAAGUCCAAUGGACAGUUGAAAGUCACUCAUGUUCUGAGUCAUGCUGAUGAUAGCUGGAAGGGGAAGACGGGCCAUGUGAAUGAGGACAUCAUCAAGGAGAGUUUGUUCGAGCCGUCUGAGAAGAGUGCUGUCUUCUUGUGCGGUCCGCCGGCGAUGAUACAGAAGGCUGCACUCCCUGCUCUUAAUGAUUGGGGUUACGUGGAGGAUGAGAACAUGUUUGGAUUCUAG